UGUCACAGUACUUGACUAUAACUGAUACUACAAAGUUGUCGGGAACGAGAUAAUAUUUGUAUUCAGUUAUAGAUAAAAUGUUUUUGCCGGUUUGAAUCAAUAAAUUAUUUUAAAAUGAAUACACUAAGCAUUAUCAUAGCUCUGUCAAUAGCGGCUACCGCUACAGCAGUAACCCUCAAUACUAACUUCGCCUGGAAGCAGCUAGACUUCGUUUGGGAUUCUCUCGAACAGCGAGAGAAUGCCAUAAAAGAUGGCCAGUUCAUCCAAGCUAAUAACGUACCUCUGGGUGUCGCCAGAUGGAAGAACAAAGUAUUUGUGUCUAUGCCAAGAUGGAGGAAAGGCGUUGCGUCUGCUUUGAACUACGUGGACCUAGAUGGAGCGCCAGAUCAGCCUUUGAAGCCGUACCCUAGUAUGGCGGAUAACCUGGUACCAGAUGCUGCUGAGGAACUACCAUCGAAUAGAUCAAUAAUAUCGGUGUUCAGAGUCUUCGUGGAUGUUUGCGACAGACUUUGGGUCCAAGACGGCGGGAUAGCUGAUGUGUUUGGAGCAAGACAUCAAAUCACAAACCCGUCUAUAGCUAUUUUCGACCUGAAUACAGACCAGCUAAUACACAGACACUUCUUCACAAAAACGGGAAACGCCUUCAAAGAAAAUUCCUUCUUUGGCAAUAUCGUCGUAGAAGUAGACAAAGAUAACUGCGAUGACGCUUACGCUUAUGCAGCAGAUAUAGCCAGACCAGGCAUAGUGGUGUAUAGCUUGAAGCAGGACGCGUCCUGGCGGGUUGAGCACCUCUACUUCCACUUGGAACCAUUGGCUGGCAUCUUCAACGUCUCUGGUAUUGACUUCCAAUGGACCGAUGGUGUACUUGGUAUGGCUUUGUCUGAACCCCAGCCAGAUGGAUACAGAACCAUGUAUUUCCAUGCAUUUUCAAGCACAAAGGAGUUUUCAGUAUCCACUAAAGUACUAAGGAAUUGGAAACCGGAAAACAAGCGCGAACUGUUUUACGAAUUCAAGUAUUUAGGAGACCGUGGACCGAUGACACAGGCGACAUCAAGUUUCUACGAUCCGGAAUCUAAAGCCGUAUUUUAUACGCAGGUGUGCCGCGACGGUGUAGGAUGUUGGAACACGAACAAACUCUACACUGUUGAGAACAAUCCUCUUGUUUUGAAUGAUCCUACGAAUUUCGAAUUCACAGCGGACUUGAAACUCGACAGCGAGGGAACUCUGUGGGUUCUGACGGACAAACUGCCGCGUUACUUCUACAUGACCCUGGACCCUGAUGUCAUCAACUUUAGGAUCAUGAGCGUUAAGGCGAAGGACGUGAUCGCUGGGACGACAUGCGAAUGAACUCUUCCAGCUAUAAUACUCGAACUCUCGUAAUACUAAAAUCGAAAUAGCAAGGCACAAAAUUGCAUACUGUCAUUUUAUAUGAAGGGUAUGCCUUGAUACUCCGUUUGCACAAGUUUCUGGCUUCUGCAUAAUAUUUAAGAAAUGUAAUAAAUAUAGAAUAUAGCUCUAAAUGUUGU